UGUGUGUCUGUGCAUCGGGGAGCUCGUUUCAACCUGGGUCCUGCCUCGCCCGCUGUCUGAGCUCCCGGCGGUAUGCGUUUUCUGUGCUCUCUUUUGGAAUAACUGCAGUUCCCCUCUGCAUUGGCCCACUGCAAGAUCCAGCCCAGCUCCGGAGGAGAAGUUCCCACUCUCCAGCCCCCUUCGCAAGAUCAGCAUCCACACGCCUGGCGUGAAUUUCCACCCCUGCAGCCGGCUGCCUUCUCAGGAGAGGUGGAGCGAUGAUGAACAUGAUGCUGCUGCUCUGGGUAUUUUCCCGCCUUGCUUUUACAGACGCAUUUAUCUCUGGGGACAGUGCAGACGACCUCAAGGCUCUGAGGGUCUCCAUUGCCAAACACCCGCCAGUCCGGGCAGUGCUGGCAGGCACCCUCACCAUUCCCUGCCACGUCACCUACCUGCGUCCCCUGGCCACCUCUAGUACAGCGGGGCGCCGGGCGGUGUUGGGGGCGCCCCGGGUCAAAUGGACCUUCAUCUCUGAGGGGAAGGAGGCUGAGAUCCUGGUGGCCCGGGGGCAGAAGGUGAAGGUGAGCGAAGGCUACCGUUACCGUGUCUCCUUGCCCUUCUACCCGGCCACGCCCACUGACGCCACUUUGGUGAUGAGCGAGCUCCGGUCCAAUGACUCCGGGAUCUACCGCUGUAAUUUGCAGCACGGCAUCGAGGACGGGCAUGACCUGCUGGAGGUGAAGGUCAAAGGGGUGGUGUUCCUUUAUCGGGAGGGCUCCACGCGCUACGCCUUCACCUUUGCCAAGGCUCGGGAGGCCUGCGCCAGGAUAGGGGCACAGAUCGCCACCCCCGAACAGCUGUACGCCGCCUAUUUCAGUGGCUACGAGCAAUGCGACGCGGGCUGGAUCGCAGACCAGACGGUCAGGUACCCAAUCCACACCCCUCGUGAGGCCUGUUAUGGAGACAUGGAUGGGUUGCCAGGGGUCCGUAACUAUGGAGUAGUGGACCCAGAAGACAUGUACGAUGUAUACUGUUACGUUGAAGAUCUGCACGGAGAACUCGUUUUGGGGACCGCCCCAGACAAAUUCACCCUGGAGGAGGCCAAGGCUCACUGUCAGGAUCUGGGAGCGGAGAUAGCGACGCCGGGCCAGCUGUACGCGGCCUGGAACGAAGGGCUGGACCACUGCAGCUCGGGCUGGCUGGCUGACGGCAGCGUCCGCUACCCCAUUGUCACCCCGCGGGAACGGUGCGGAGGGAGCCAGCCGGGAGUCAAAACCGUCUUCCAGUUCCGGAACCAGACUGGAUUCCCCAAUGCCCAGAGCAGAUACGAUGUGUACUGCUUUCGAGAAGAGACAGACUCUUUCACGGAGUCUCCAGAAAAAUACCGAGCCACUGAGCCCGAGGGGGUCAAGGAGAUUGUUACAGUGACAGACAAGAUGGAGGAGCUGCAGCUGCCCAGAGCGGAAGUGGAGAAUGAGUCGAGAGGGGCUAUAUACGCCGUCCCUCUUUUUCAGGACAUGAGUGAUGCUGAGCAGCAAAAGCCGAGCAGUGCCCCCGAAGAGGCAUCAAUUCCUAUCUCCCGGGAAGCCCUGCUAGAUAACUCCGUAUCCUCAGAUCUAGGACUUCACCCGCCAUCACGUUUCCCCGAGAGCCAAGCCAGUCCCGAGGCAGGUCUGAUUAGCAGCGAUGUAAAACCAGGGAGCCCUGCCCCUCCAGCUGAGGAAGGGGAAAAGGGGAGAAUUGGAAAUUGCACAGAGACACCCAGGAAUGAGGAAGAACGUGGAACUGACCCGUUGGAGGGAGAGAACGUGAGGACUGCUGAAGAGAAGCAGACUCCAGGCAGCAGCCACCAGGGAUCAGAUGGGGUGAAUCUAGUUCUUCCCACUGAGAUGACUCCAGGAGAGCCCCAGUCCAUGGUCCCCCACGCAGAGGUAGAAAUGACUGGUGGAGACAUGACCGCCAGCCCUACAAAUGCGCCAGCGGAAAUCUCACCGAAACUAGCCGGAUCCGGUGAUGCAAUCAAACCCAAUAUGUCUCACGUCCCUGUCAGUUCCCACCAAGAACGCAGAGAGGAGCCCACAGCAGAAGGCAGCUCUGCUGAUGGCUUAGGAGUGGAUUUCAUCCCUGGUUCAUCCCUGGACCUAGAGGUCGUUGCCACGAAGAAGGUGGAUGCUCUGGAGCAGCUAGCUCGCACCACCAGCUCCAGGGGCAUCAAGGAGGACUCUGGGGUGCAAGAGCACUCUCCUACCGUCGCUGCUUCUGCUGCCCCAACUGUGGGGUGGAAGGCAGAAGAUCUCAAAGAACCAGGUCAGCGGCUCUUUACGGAACGUGCCCAGACCUACGCCACACCUCCAAGUGGGCUUGUUUCCGGGAUGAGCAGCACACGCUUCCCUGACCCGGGCAGACGCCCGGGUUCUUCUGAAGAUACAGAGCUGUCUGGAGAUGUGGCUCUUGGCCCAGUGUGGCCAAAAGGGACCUCAACGAUUCAGGAUACCCCGCUGUCUGCAUCCCCUGGUAUGGGAACAUCCAGCCUCCAGGAGAACGAGGAGCACUCGGGUUCUACCUGGCUUCUGCAGCCCGCCACCCCCCGCUCCCAGACGGGGGACAUCCGCUCUGCCUCCCGACCGGAGGGGACGAUGGUUGCCCUCACCAUUUCGCACACCGAAGUAGGCCAGGUCCACACAAUGCUGCCACCCAGCGGGGAGUCUCCAGCAGAGGACGACAGCCAGACGGUGGGACGCAAGAGCGUGGAGCCGCCCGACUCCGACGCGAGCGGCCCGUUGUCAGGUGAAUCAUCUGAGGAGGAGAAGGCCAUUGAAGAGCAAACUGUUCCCUCCGCGACCCCAGCAAUGGCGGCCAUCUCCCCCAUGGGUACUGGAGAACCAGAAGGGGAAGGAUGCUCAUCCAGCGCCAAGCACGGCCUCACCUCCCCCACUGCAGACGUCUUCAAAGAAGCAUCGGGCCCAGCGUUGGACGGGAUCCCUUUCACAGACGCCCCUUUGACCACCACCAGCCCUCUCCCCGUCCUGCCAACAGACAGCGCCAGCCUGGGAGCAGGGGUGAACAUUUCAGAUGACUGCAUCCCAAACCCUUGUAUGAAUGGAGGGACCUGCAGCGAAGAAGAAUACCGCAUCAGCUGUAUAUGUCUGCCAGGCUAUGGAGGAGACAUCUGUGAAACAGAUCUGGAGAAGUGCAGCCUAGGCUGGGACAGCUUCCAGGGUUCCUGCUAUAAACAUUUCGCCACCCGAAGGAGCUGGGAGGAUGCAGAAACUCAGUGCCGGCGUUAUGGUGGCCACCUGGCCAACAUCAUGACCCCCGAAGAGCAGAACUUCAUCAACAGGCUAUCCAAGUGCCUCAUAAUCCUUGCUGCUGUUACCUGCUGUUGCUACUCCCAGGAAAACUCCACACUGGCCUAAAAGCCUGCUGCUGCCGGCAAUUGCAGCUUGCUGAGAAGAGAAAUUUGAAGGAGCACUAUCUAUUUUUCAACGUGCUCCUUUUCUCCAGGUGGCACGUUCCCCUGCAGUUCCGAGUACUCAGCUGCACCACGAACAGACUUUUACAGGGCUAGUCAGCAAUUCUGUGACCAGAAAAUCUUACCAGCUGAUUGUUCUCCACCUUUCUUCCUGACUCCUCCAACUUGCUUCCACACUUAUUACCAUGACGCAUGUCCUGUUUCCACUGUUCUUCAUGCCUUCCCCUCAGGACAUCCGUCACUCCCAUGGGAACAGUGGAGGUCUUACUUCAGCAACUAUGUGCUUUCUGUAGAAACUUCUCUAUACUCUCCAGAAAAGCAGAAAGACUUACUGCUUCAUUGCCUUGGUCCCAAAGGGCAACAAAUCUUCAAACAUCUUCCUCCUUUUCCUGACAUACUGCAAAAUGUGACUCUCUCCGCCCCGGAGGAUCAUUUUAAUCCUUUACUCAAUGUUACUGCUGGAUGCUUCACGUUCUGUUCCCGUGUAUAGAUGCCUCAUGAGCCCAUCGACUACUGCAUGGCUGCCUUAUGUGAGUUGAGUGCAACCUGUGAAUUUGCCAUUUUCACAGAUGAGAUGCUCAGGAUCAAAUCAUCAUGACAGUUCCAAGAUUCCAAGACUGUCUGAAACUAUGCUAAGUAGACAUCAUUGAACCGGUUGACUCAUCUGAAUGGGUUUCUCCUAUCAUUCUUGCAAGGAAACCUAAUGGUGCCAUCUGCACGUGUGGACUUGAGAGCUCUAAAUUCCAACAGAGUGGUGGAUUGUCAUCCUCUAACCAACGUCAGUGAAAAGCUGCUCACCUUGAAGGAAGCAAGAAUCUUUAUGACCCUUGAUUUAUCCUCAGUGUACCACCAGAUCCCCUCAGUGGAAGUAUCCCACAUGUACACAGCUUUCAUCACUCCAGAAGGCUUGUUCCAAUUCAAACGGAUGCCAUUUGGGUUAGCCUCUGCAGCAUCUGUAUUCCAGAGAAUGAUGCAUGUGAUCGUUAGAGAGAUACGGGUGUCCUUUCAAGAGCACAGUGUGGUGUACGGCAAAGAUGAUUCUGAACAUGAUGUCAUCCUAACAAGGGUUCUGGAAAAACUCCAACAACAUGGACUUACUAGCAGCGCACACACACAAAAAGGCAAUUCUGUACUGACUCAGUGUCAUGUCUAGGUCAUAUUAACUCUUGGAAUGGCCUACAACCAAAACCAGACCGCGUGAAAGCCCUUUGCGAAGCACCAGAGUUGGACAAUAAGGACAAACUUUGAUCCUUCUUGGGACUGUGCGAAUACUAUUCAACGUUUGUGCGGCAGUUUGCUCUGAAAGUAGUUCCUUUGUGUUGUCGCCUAAAAACGAAUGCAUGGCUUGAAUGGGAUGAAGUGCACAAGAACAGCUUUAAUGACCCAAAACCCGCAAUUGCCACCGGCCCGACUCUUUGCAGCUCAAACGCAAAAGAGCUAACGAUUGUCACCACGGAUGCUUGUGAGUGCGGUCGUGGUGCUGUCUUGACUCGGCUAAGAAAUGGACAAGAAGUCAUUAUUGCAUUCGGGUCCAGAGCCCUGAGUGCUCCAGAAAAAACAGAUUGUGUCAUUGAGAAAGAAAGUCUGGCAUGUUUCUGGGCAGUAAGACACUUCAGAACCUACCUGUGGGUAGGAGAUUUAUCUUGAGAUCUGACCACAAACCUCUUUCAAUUCUAUUCACCAUGCCAGGCUUGGCUCGACCAGACCAAUACUGGUCAAUCAUUUGAGCGCUGUGAAGGAGCAAGGGGAAUAAAACUUACCUUUGCUGUUCUCUAGCUUCCCAAGUCUUCCGCACAGGGGCUCAGAUACAAAAUAAACCAACGUCUGUGGGACCUGGGUUUGUACACUCGGUGUUUCCAAGAGUGUGCUUGAGCGUUCUCACUGCAUUGUAAACCUGGGUGUACAAUUGCUGGGCCUGGGUCUCACAGCUGGGCUAAUGCGUCCACGCUGCACUACACCGACCUUCUGACUCAGAUCUGUGGCUUGAGCUGCAUCCACACUGACAGGGCUUGGCCCCAAGUCACAGUGGGACUCAGGCUCUGACCCAACCCCUAGCAGGAUCCUAGGACUCAGGCCCCAAGUGCUCGCUGACCUGAGUCAACUGAUUUGUGUGUGGACAGAAGAGGGUGGGGCGGGGCUGGGUUCAAACCUGAGUCAGAGCCCAGCCUUGUCGCGCAGCGUAGACAGACCCUACACAUUUUUGAGCUUUUCUCUGCAACCACGACAGUUAGAAACUUACUUUUAGUUUUUCAGUGAAAGCUGAGGGCUUGUCUAGAUGAACAAGUUAAUUCAGGAUAAAAAUGGGGUAUAAAUCUACACCGCUCUCGCCUGCCACGCACAUGUGCGUCUGGAUCCUGCGGCUGUGCACUGAAAAUUCCCUAGCGCACUUUAAUCUACUCCUGUUUCAAAGCAGGGAACUCCCUCUGUAGCCUGUGAACUUUUCUCCCCUCUCCCGGCAGCAUUCCCUGCUGUUCCUUGCAGCCGGUGUGGAGCGCCGCUCCCUUGCCUUCCUCCCCUGAUGCAUUAGCUAAGCCAUGGUGGUGGCAGCAACAACCUGCAGAUUAGAGAGAGCUGCUCUGUGUGUGGGUGCACGCACGUAUCACGUGUACACACCUGUCUGAGGUGUGCACGAACGUUCACGUGGGUGCGUGCAUGUGCGUGAAGGAGGCUCACCUCACUGAAAGUGGUGCGAGACACAGAGGUAAAUGAUCAUGGAAAACUCAAGGAUAGCUAGCUAGCUAGCUAGGAUGUAUGGGGAUAGAUGGAUAGAUAGAUACUAAAGUUUAAAGAAAAACAAAGAGCACUCAUGAAAAACCCAGGGAGGGAAAGAAGGCCGUACAGUGGGACACAGGGAGAAAGGGACAGAGGAUCAGAGAGAAAGCGGAUGCCGUAGUGGGGCAAAAAGCAGUCCAGGGCAGGAGGAAGGGAAGGUGUGAGACAGGGGAGGGGAAAGGGGGAUUGUGUGCCGAAGGUUGCCGCCCUAACCUGGCAGGGCUGUCACUUGCAGUGUGAGCAGUGGGCCUGCACAGAGGCGGUGGGGAGCGGCUGCAGCUUGGAGUGCGGGAUGAGAGGAUGGGGAAAUGGAUGGACUCUGCUGCCCUCUCCUGGAAGGACCCAAGAACGAGCCCCCUUUAAACGAAAUACCUUGAGCUUGACUCUGGGCUGCCCUGCACUCUGUGCAUUUACCUCAGGGCACAGGGGUUACCAAACGCUACCAAAUCACGACGAACACCUCGGACCUUAGAGCUGGUCACAGUUGCUUGGGAGUUUUCCUCUUUUGUCUAAAUGCCACAGGAAUUCAGUCAGCCUCCCAUACGUGUCCUUGAAAAUCACAGGCUGAAAAUAUAACCAGCCGUCUUGGCAGGGAAGUCAGUUCUCCUGCACCAGGGCACAGAUGAGAGUCAGGUGCCCUGUGUCCAGGUAAUUCCCUCCUUAACCAUUGGGGGAUUUUUGCCCUUUCCGCUGACGUGAGACAGGAUACCGACCUAGAUGGGCCAUGCUUCUGCCAAUCUGGCGGUUCCUGUUGGUUUAAUUCGCCCUGCACUAACCACCCUUUGGAUUCCAAUCCCCCUUUGGA